CACCGUAUGGUUAGAUAUUUGCAGAGAGCGAAAGACAAAUUCAAUCAAUUCAAUAAAAAACCAACCCAAAAAAAAUGUCUUGGUUACAAAAUGCCAUUAAAUCAGUUUGGAGUCCUCAACUGACUACGGUUCGCUUUCGGUACUAUGCAGACAAAAUUGCUAAAGGACCGAUUAAGAGGCGAUACGGAUAUAUUGAUCCCAUCUCACCGAAAGGGUUAUUACCUCACCGAACCGAUGCCAGACCACUUCCGAUACCCACUUACAGACCAAAGAAUCCGUAUUCCGCGAAACGAGCCGUGUUCGGACAAAAUGAUUACAUCGACAUAUUGGGCAAUGACCGUAUGCAUCCCACUCGGGUCCUGUAUUCGGUUCCGUCAUGGUUACGAGGAGUGGGCGGCAAUGAAUACCAGGUGAAGUUGCGUAAACGGUUAAUGCUUCAAAAGACUGCAUUUCCGCUCCAGCAACCGACGAAGUGGCGUGAACUGAACAAGAACAUCAGCUAUCUGUACAGAUUCUUGAAUCGAAAAACAAAGACGGGUAUGGCGCGAUAAGUUUAAUUAAAAAAAAAUUUCAAUUGUUCUGUAAACAACAUGAAUUUUUGUGAUUUCAUUACGACAUAAUUGUUCGUAUCCUCGGAUAAGCCGGGGAAAAGUCGUACCGCUUAGUUAGAAAACGAAAUUUGAAGAGAAUUACAAAAUAUAUAAAAAUU